AUGGAGUCGUCGACGAAGCGGAGGAAGCUGAAUUCAACGGAAAAGAAAGCUAGCAAAAAGGCAAAGCAUACUGUAUCGGAGGAGAAGGAACACCGAGUCUCGCCGGAGCACCCUCGGAAACGUGCUGCAUCCGAAAUUUCAGACGAUGAUGAAGUGCCCGAGCGAGAUGUCGAGAGUGCGGCCGCAAGUACAGUAAAGGACGGCGAUGAAGCGGCGGAGAAGACUUUUGCGGAUCUCGGUGUCAGAGAAGAGCUGUGCGAUGCAUGCGACAGUCUCAAUUUCAAGAGACCGACUGCUAUCCAGAGAGAGGCGAUACCCAUAGCGCUUGAAGGGAAAGACAUCAUAGGGCUUGCAGAGACCGGAAGUGGAAAGACUGCUGCUUUCGCGCUCCCCAUCUUACAAGCGCUACUGGACAAGCCUCAGCCAUUGUUCGGACUCAUUCUGGCACCGACUCGAGAGCUCGCAUACCAAAUAUCGCAGCAGUUCGAGGCGCUGGGCAGCUUGAUCAGUGUACGAUGUGCGGUAAUUGUGGGAGGUAUGGAUAUGGUGCCGCAGGCUGUGGCAUUGGCAAAGAAGCCUCAUAUUGUGGUUGCGACUCCUGGACGACUUCUCGACCAUAUGGAGAAUACUAAAGGAUUCUCCGUCAAGCACUUCAAAUAUCUGGUCAUGGACGAGGCGGAUCGACUAUUGGACCUGGAUUUCGGACCGAUACUUGACAAGAUUCUGCAAGAGUUGAAUCGUGAUCGAAGGACAAUGCUUUUCAGUGCGACCAUGAGCACGAAGCUGAAUAGCUUGACGCGAGCUGCUUUGCAGAACCCAGUACGAGUGAGCAUAUCUGAAAGCUCAUAUCAGACUGUCAAGAACCUCAUGCAACGCUACAUGUUCAUCCCUCACAAGUACAAGGAUAUCUACCUGGUGUACCUGUUGGACGAAUUCGCAGGAAAGACCUGCAUCAUCUUUACUCGGACGAUCCAUGAAACUCAGCGGAUCGCAUACGUCUUGCGAGCACUAGGUCGAUCUGCCAUUCCUCUUCACGGUCAAAUGAAUCAGAGCGCUCGUCUCGGAGCACUCAACAAGUUCAGAGGAGGGUCUCGGGACAUUCUCGUCGCAACAGAUGUGGCCGCCCGAGGUCUUGACAUACCAUCUGUGGAUCUGGUCUUGAACUUCGAUUUGCCGCCGGACAGUAAGACUUAUGUGCAUCGAGUGGGACGGACAGCUCGUGCAGGUAAAUCUGGAGUAGCGAUCUCGAUCGUGACACAAUACGACAUUGAAAUCUACCAACGUAUCGAGAAAGCGCUCGGCAAGAAGCUUGAGGAGCAUGCCACCGAGCGCGAAGAGGUUAUGGUGUUCGCGCCUCGAGUUGCGGAGGCGCAGCGAGUAGCCAUAACUGAGCUGAAGAAUGACGCCGAUAAGAAGGGCGGCAAGAAGGGCAGUGGGAUUGGAGGCGGCAGAGGUAAGAAGGGCAAGCGAGAUGAUAUGGACGUUGAUGAGGGUUGA